ACUAGAUAAGGGUUGUUUGGGUUUUAGAAAAGCAAAAUGUGAAAAUCAUUGCCACACAAACUACAAACAAAGAAAAAAUAAGAACAGGCCUAAAAGUUCAGCCUAGUCUACAAAAAGCCAUAAUUGGCCUGCCAGAUGGUCCAGACCCAACAAAAACUGAAAAAGAAAAGGAAAAAUCAACAGGAAUUUCACCUUCUGGAAAACAGUUACGCUGUAAUGGCUGCAACCAGUUGUGGGGCAAUGAGAGAAGAUGUUGGAAUACCAACGGGAGACAAACUCAUAUUGAGGGGCUUGAAAUUUCAUGGUUUCCAUGGGGUAAAGCCUGAAGAAAAAAAACUGGGUCAGAAGUUCUUGGUAGAUGUAGAUGCAUGGAUGGAUCUUAGGAUGGCUGGUAAAUCAGAUCUCUUGUCAGAUACUGUUAGUUACACUGAUAUUUACCGCAUAGUUAAAGAAGUUGUGGAAGGGCAAUCUCAGAAUCUUCUCGAGUCAGUGGCUCAAUUAAUUGCAUCAACAACCUUGAAAAAGCACCCUCAGAUAUCCGCUGUUCGUGUGAAAGUUGGGAAGCCUCAUGUUGCUGUUCAUGACACUCUUGACUACCUUGGAGUUGAGAUUAUCAGAUACAGAAAUAUUGAUGCUCCUAAUUGACCUUUGCCGAAUAUAUGCAUAUAUAAGGCAUCAUGGAUCUCAGUUGUGCCAACUGCUGCUGCCACCUCCUUCAAACUCUUUCAAUUUUUUUUCCAGGGAGGGGUAGAAAGUUAAAAGUGAACCUAAAUGGUUAAAUAUUUCUGCUAGUUCUGCUGCAAUUGACCUAAUCGAUGCACAACAUUUUCAAUUUUUUGAAUUUCAGUAGAAAAUUCCAUGUGACUUCCUUUUCUAAUUCAUCUUUGUUUCACUCUAUUUUCCAAUAUCUGGUUGGGCAUAUUGUGUGUAUACAGGUAUUACUCAUGCCUCAUAGUUGAUAGAAUUGUUCGUA